CCGCGCCGCCACGUUUGCGCCACCUACAGCCCGGGAGGUGAGCGUCAUGGCGGCCUUUGGCCCUCUCCCGGUGACCCAGGACCUGUCCACGCUGCGUGCCAAGUUGCAGGGUCUGCUGCGAUUCCUGAGGGACGCCGUGUCCAUUUCCAACGCACACACCGUGGACUUCUACACAGAGUCCGUGUGGGAGGGGCUGGUUGACUUAUCUCCGGAGACUGUGCUGGCCGUGCUGAGCAGGUCGGCGGCGCGGGCGGAGGCGGAGGCCCAGCCUUCUGAGGCGCGCCCCCUGGUGGAACCGGAGACAGGAUCAGGUGUUACUGAUUUUCCCAAAAUAUUUUGUGAAACUUCUCAGAGCCUAGUGAAUGUGGAAGCCUUUGCUCUGGUUGCAAAAUACUAUUCUGUCCAAAACUUGGGAAUCUGUACUUCUUUAGAACAGUUACUUAUAGCUCUUCGAGGAAAUAAAAAACAGAGAACUGGUAUGUUCAUUCGUGCCUGUGAAAAUCUGAAGCCAAAUGAGUUUAUGAAUGUGAAAAAAUCUCAUGAAGUUCAGGCAAUGUCAGACCUAAUCUGCAGUAUUGCUGAUUACUGUGGAAUAAAACAAGUAAUUGACUUGGGUUCUGGUAAAGGCUACCUAAGCUCAUUUUUGUCCUUGAAAUAUGGCUUAAAUGUUUAUGGAAUUGAUUCCUCAAAUACCAAUACUCGUGGGGCUGAGGAGAGGAACCGGAAACUAAAGAAACAUUGGAAACUCUACCAUACUCAAUCUAAAGUAGAUGUCAAUGGCCUGGCAUUAAAAAUGACAAAAGAAAGAAAAGUGCAGAAUGAAAUGAAAUAUAAAACAGAUACUGAGCAAGUGUAUAACAAUAGUCCUGCAAAGCAAGAAAAGAUGCCUACUUCAGAUUUUUUGCCAGAUUUUUCAAGCUCUGUAAUUUCUGACAUUAGAAUACAAGUGGAAAACCUACAUACGCAACCAUAUGAAGAAGAAAAUUUGUGUUUUGUAAAUACCUUUUCUCUCAUAGACUUUUUGCCUAUUGAUGCCAUAGAGCCUAUUUCGUCAUCACAGAUAUCUAACAGAGAAAUGUCUGAAGUAAAUAAAGGGAGAAGAAAAAUGACAUCACAGUCAAGUGAAUCAAAUAUAUAUUCACCAUUAACUUCUUUUAUCACUGCUGAUUCAGACCUACAUGACAUUAUUAAAGAUCUGGAGGAUUGUUUAAUGGUGGGCCUACAUACUUGUGGUGAUCUUGCUCCAAAUACUCUGAGAAUAUUUACUUCCAAGUCUGAAAUCAAGGGAGUGUGCAGUGUGGGUUGUUGCUACCACCUCUUAUCUGAAGAGUUUGAAGAUGAGCAUAAAGACUGUACUGAAGAAAAAUGGGGAUUUCCAAUGUGCCAGUAUUUAAAGGAAGAGAGAUGGUUCUGUGGCCAGAAUGCCAGAAUGUCAGCAUGUUUGUCAUUGGACCGGGUCGCAGUUGGCCAAGGGCUCCCUACUGAAUCACUGUUUUAUCGUGCAGUUCUUCAAGAUAUUAUUAAAGAUUGUUAUGGCAUUACCAAAUGCAAUCAGCAUGUUGGUAAAAUUUAUUCCAAAUGCUCUUCCUUUCUGGAUUAUGUCAGAAAGUCUCUAAAGAAGCUUGGAUUAGAUGACUCCAAGCUGCCAGAAAAAACUAUAAUGGACUACUAUGAGAAGUAUAAGCCUAGAAUGAAUGAACUGGAAGCUUUUAAUAUGUUAAAAGUUGUUUUGGCCCCUUGUGUAGAGACAUUGAUUCUUCUGGACCGACUUUGCUACCUAAAAGAGCAGGAAGAUAUUGCAUGGUCUGCACUUGUGAAGUUGUUUGAUCCUGUGAAAUCUCCCAGAUGUUAUGCUGUUAUUGCUCUGAAGAAGCCGCAGUGAUUUAAAUUAAAGCAAAUUAAUAGUUGUAUUUAUGAGACUUGUUGCUAAAAUUGCUUUUCUAAACAUUUAUAUCCUUUUAUGUAAAAAUUUUAAAUAACUGCUAUAUAUUUUAAAUAAACAAUAAAACAAGGCCCAACAACAGGUCAUAAUUUGUUUUUCUGUUGUCAAAGCAUACAUUAAUAAAAUAGGAACUUGUAGCCAGGCGUGGUUGUACAUGCCUGCAAUCCCAGCACUUGGAAGGCUGAGGCUCAGGAUUGCCAUGAGUUUGAGGCCAGCCUGAGCUACAUAGUGAGGUCAAGGCCAGCCUGAACUAGUGAGACCCUGUCUCAAAAAGAACCAAAACAUAAAAUACCAAUUUACAAAAAUAUAAAUGAGUUGACCUAUAUUCCUGAGUUAGUAUUUCAAUAGGACACUGUUCUUGUCCAAUAAUUGAGACCCUUAAACUUGCUAUGUAAUACAUUUUGACUUUUACUUUAAAAAUGAAAGUUACAAGUUUAGAUACACUCAAAUGCCGAGCAUCAUUUGUGUAUUCUUCCACAUUUGGGAAGGGUUUUCAUGUUACCAUGAAGGAAAACCCCACAUUUAAAGGAAGAAAUACUCAGAGACCGGCCAUUUACAAAAAAUGUCUAAUGCAAAGCAUGUUUUACACUAUAUUUUCAUCUAAGUUAUAUGAGGUAAUAUUCUGUUCCCUUAAAGGAAUGUGCAACUUAUAAGUGAUGCUCAUUUUAACGAUUCUUGGGGCUAUGUACUAAAAUAAACUGGUGGGUUGUUACUUAAUGAAAUUACCUUGUGCUCUGUAAAAAGCUAAUGUGAGUAAAGCAAGAUUGAAUGGAAGGAGGCCAGCACCUUGCUCAGUAUGGAACAAUUCAUUUGAUUAGCAGAUAACUUGAAGUUGUUAAUGUACACAGAAGAAAUGGACAGCUGAGAUAAAGGUUCUUUGACACUCAGCUGAAAAGCCUAUAAGACUGUAGAAGAAAGAGUGACUGCAUUCGGCAGUUUUGUAAUCUCUUUCUAGAUGAGUAUAAUUGUUUUGCUUUUGAUUAUAAUAAUUGAGCCAAUAUAUAUGUGAAUGAUAAUGAACUAUGUGUAGCUAGGACAGUGUUGGGGAAAUAAGCCAUUUUUAAUCUUUGUAUUCUAUAACAUUUAAAAUAUAAAUGGAAAGUAGAUUUUAAGGAAUCCCUGCAUACUCAUGACAAACUUAACAGUUACCAACAUUUUACCAGUUGUGCUUCAUCUGCACACAUGAAUUUACACAUACACACACACUCAGCACCCAAACCUACUUGUACAAAAUUUUAAAGCAAAUCCCAGGUAGUUUAUUAUUUGUCAUAAACACUUUAGUAUAUAUUCCUAACAGUUAACAAUUUUUUCUAUAGUAAGAUCUAUAGUUGUUCUCAGUCACAUACCUGUGAUUGGCUCAAAAAGUCUUAUCAGUUUGUUCUAUGUAACUUGAUUAAUUGUAGAUUAUUGUUGUUUGUCUCUAUUUUUGUGCAAAAAUACUUCAUAAUGUUACGUGCAAUAGAAAAUUGCAUCACGUUAGGCAUAUCAGUUUGUUUGUCCCAUAUUUAAUGAUACUAAGAUCAGCAGCUUUCAGUUUUUGUGAGCCUAAUGUAUCGAGUAUAAAGUUCACCAUCAGCUUUUCUUUUAAUGGUUUUGGCAGGCAGUUGCAGUGAUUGAAAACAAUAAGAGUGAAAAAAAAAACUACAAGUUGAUUGCUCAUUUUCAUACUGGUUGGCUGAGAAUCCUUCCACUUUCAACUUAACCACAUAUUUCAUUAUUUUGUGCUAAGUUGCCUUUUUGUUUUAGCAUACUGUUCUUUUAUGUGCUCAUAUUGUUUGUUAUAUGAGUAGCUGUCUAGGAUAGAACAGAAAACCUUGCCAGACUACUUUGAUUCCUUUUGUAAUUUUACUUAGGUAAAAUUUUAAAGACCUUCCCUGGUACCCAGAUAUUUAUGUAGCAUUCAUUUCUCAUUAUAAUAAAGAAAAAGACUACAUGUGAGCAAAACACUGUUUUGUAUAAAGAAAUGAAUUACAACUCUUUCACUCAUUAGCAAAGGAAAUUAAGAACUGUGAAAGAAUACAUAUAUGUUCUCUAAAUUAUUAGAUAUUUGGUAGAAGAAAUUUGUAAGCAAUAAAGUAACAGAAUGCUGCAUGACUCUUCUGAACUCCUUAUGGUAAACUGGGAAAAGAAGGGUUUAAAGCAGCGAUGGUGAACCUUUUAGAGCUUUUGAUGAUACAAAAGAGCCCUCUGCAGCAUGUGUGAUAUAGGUCCUCCACCACUGGUUUAAAGACUGAAUUUACA